AUGACGCCGACGGAGACGCCAGAGCCGUUUUGUCUGUUUCACAAGAAGCCGCACCCUCUGAACAAGUGCAGGGAGUUCAGAACAAAGCCGCUGGAGGAGCGGAAGGCUUUGAUCAAGGAGUACCAGUUAUGCUUCAGGUGCUGUGAGUCCAAGGAGCACAGAUCUAAGGACUGCACAGCUGCUAUCAAGUGUCAUGUGUGUGACAGCCCCAAGCACCCCAGUGCCCUGCAUCCGGACUCUGAUACGCCACAGCAACCCACGCCUGACUCCUCCGCCACGACAACCUCGGCAGAAGCAUCGAGUGCUCCCACUCAGCAGGUUGGCACCCACUGUACUCAGGUUUGUGGCACCACAAAGACUCAACGGUCCUGCCAUCAGAUAUGUCUCGCUAAGGUUUUCCCUACAGGGCAUCCAGAAAAGACCGCGAAGAUGUACGUCAUCUUAGAUGGGCAGAGCAACCAGUCCUUAGCCAGUCCGGCAUUCUUCGAGCUCUUCAAUAUUCAGGGUGAAGAACUCCAAUAUACUCUGAAGACGAAGAAGAUGAAAGCCUCACGGUGCCUAACGGUAGCCACGGCUUUGCUGACGCUGGUGGCCCUCAAGGCCUAUAUCGAGUGGUCUGCUGAACAAGACGGGCGAUUCCCGACCCCUCGCGAGGCCGACUGGCCAACCAGUGCCUUCACACCUGCCCAGACCACAGCUGAAGAUGCCAUGGCGACAGCCCCGCUCCGUUUCAAUGCAUCCCUGCAGCAGCUGCGCCAGAGUAUCCCAAAAUCCAAGGCCUACUGGAACGGGAAGCAGCACCAGAUCUUCCAAGCACUGGACGCUGGGUGGAGUAAUGCCUCCGUGCACGCAUGUGAUGCAUCCAGAGACGCAGAAAGAGUGAGCAGGAUCAAAGACUUCGGCACCUACUCGGAGCUUUACAGGAAUUUUAUCCUGUACGACGAAUGCCGGAACUUCCCGCUCUUGAUCAACCAGCCAGGCAAGUGCGCCCACAGCAAGAACCGCACGUUUCUGCUUCUGGCCAUCAAAUCUCUGCCGGGGAAUUUCGCUGCCCGCCAGGCUGUACGAGACACCUGGGGACGUGAGGGUGAGCAUGGUGGGCUGCCUGUGCGCACCGUCUUCUUGCUGGGAAGAGCCGGGGGCCGAUACGAGCCCAACCUGCAACGCAUGGUGGAGUACGAGAGCCAGACAUUUGGAGACAUCUUGACGUGGGACUUUGAAGACACCUUCUUCAACCUCACACUGAAGGACUUCCUCUUCCUCAACUGGACGCUGGAGCACUGCCAGGACACCCGCUUUAUUCUCAAGGGAGACGAUGACGUUUUCAUCAACACACCCAAGGUCGUGGACUACCUGAGCUCCUUAGAUGACCGCAAGCCGAUCUACAUGGGCCAAGUGAUGGCCAACGCCUCGCCAUUCCGGGUCCGCAAGAGCAAGUACUAUGUGCCCGAGUCGUAUUACAUAGGGCCAUACCCAUCUUACGCGGGUGGUGGGGGCUAUGUCUUCUCGGGUGUGCUGAUCCAGUGGCUCUACGUCAUCUCUCAAUACAUACCCUUCUAUCCGAUAGAUGACGUUUACACAGGGCUGUGCUUCCAAGCUUUGGGCAUCCAUCCUGAAGCACACCCUGGCUUCCAGACAUUUGACAUCGCGGAGAAGGAUCGUGAUAAUCCUUGUGUACACAGAGAAUUACUCUUGGUCCACCAGCGUAGCCCACACCAGACUCUCCAGCUCUGGAAACAAAUCAGGGACCCCAAUCUCACGUGUUGAGACGCCCGGAAACAAUCCAGCCUCUCUUCACUUAGGGGCCAGGUCCUUAAUGGGAGUAAAACGGAGAAAGCCUGUGGAUGCAGAAGUGGAAUAUCUAUUGUGGUUGGACACAGAUGCCUCCUUCAAGGGGGUGCAGUGCUUCCUUUCCAAUUCCAGGUUUAGGGGCAGGGUCUUUCAGAAUCCCCUAGGGAAAGGCAAGGCAAGGCAAGGGCCAUCAACUCUCUUGCUCCCAAGUGCAUCUGCCAGCAGUUGUUGGAAACAGAUCCUUGGAGCAGAUGAACCAGGGUCUGGCCCUUUUAUGUUCAGAGCAUCACCAACCUGUCGAGCAGUAGAGGGGGGGCAGCAAGGUGGAAAGUUAGUAGCCCGUGAUUCAGUUCUGUAUAGCGGGCAAGCGAUGGGUGACCCUCCAGAAUGCCAGGUACAGAGGAAAGGAUACUUUGUUCAUUGGGGGGGUGAUGAAAAGGGGCCCAUUUCUCAGCAACAGAACCCACUGUAAAGACCUCGGUCCGGUCUCUGACAACUGCAGUUAAAGCGGGUCUUGGGCUGCAAGACCGGGAAAGAUGCCCUCCCUAAGACCAGAAAGGGAUGCUGGCAGCGAGAGUCGAUGGGGAACAUUUUGCCUUAGUCCAAGACAGUUCCUUCUCUGUCUUUCACCUGUGUAGCUUACAUUUUUUGUGAGGGGAUAAAACAAAUUGGCCGUGCUUUUGAAAAAAGAAAAACUUUAGACGCACAGACAGCUAGGUUAGGGUUAGUCAGGAAUACGGUGAUUCCACCUGUCACCUCAAUAUAAAAGGAUGGUUCUUUUCCAGAUCUUGGUACUUGCUCGGAUCACCCAGGCUAGAAAGAAGGGUCAGCUGCAUUGACUUGUAAACAAACUCGAACUUGAUGCCUGCUUUCGGUCACGUCAGAUACAUCUCCGGUGCCUUGAAUGUGUUUUCCGUGAAAAUCAUGGCUUCAGAAGGAAGAUACUCCAGAGCCGGUCUGGUCAGUUAGGGAUGUCUUUAAAAAUCUAGAACACUGGAAUGUGUGGAACUCCGUCCCUCCCUUACAAGGAUAGGGUCAUACCCUCUGACCAUCACCCCAGGUGCUGGGAUAACCACCGUAAUUCCUCGUCUAUAUUAAGAAUCAACAGAGAUAUACAAUAGGUGAUAGGAUCCACCCAGGCUAGAGAGAGGGGUCAGCUGCAUUGACUCGUAAACAGACUCCAACUCGACGCUCGCUUUCGGUCACGUCAGAUACAUUUCCGGUGCCUUGAAUGUGUUUUCCGUGAAAAUCAUGGCUUCAGAAGGAAGAUACUCCAGAGCCGGUCUGGUCAGUUAGGGAUGUCUUUAAAAAUCUAGAACAAUGGAAUGUGUGGAACUCUGUCCCUCCCUUACAAGGAUAGGGUCAUACCCUCUGACCAUCACCCCAGGUGCUGGGAUAACCACCGUAAUUCCUCGUCUAUAUUAAGAAUCAACAGAGAUGUACAAUGGGUGAUAGGAUCAUCCAGGCUACAGAGAAGGGUCAGCUGCGUUGACUCGUAAACAGACUCCAACUCCAACUUGACGCUUGAUACUGCCUUUUCCCUAAAUAAAAGAUAAACUGGAGGUGUGUGUGUGUAGGAGCAUCCCCUAUUUAAUUUGUGCAGCUUGCUGUCUUGAGAAGCACAGACACAGGGCAGGGAAAAAAUAUCAGAUCCGCCCCCUCUUUCUUCACCUAGUUAAUAGCUUUCUUCCUGAUGAAGAGAUCUGUGUCACUUGAAACAGUCUCCCUUUGUCUGUGGCUUUCCGCUGUUAUGGGCUGACACGCCCACCACCGGGCAAACAAAAGGUUGUCGAAUCAAUUUAACAACCUUGCUGUUGCUUCCUCUGUAAAUGUCCUGGGGUUUAGAUAAGCCUUAAGGAAAGGUCGUAAAAAUGAAAUAAAUUCUGCCAUUUCCAUUGCUGUCAACUCCCUUCCCAGUACUAAAACUUGAAGAAGGUUCCACUGUUUUCAUGUGACCUAUUUAAAGGGCAGGCGGAAACUGUUUCCUGCCGCGCUCAUGAAGUAAUGUACAUAGUAAAACACGCCUUACAUGCU